UGGCGUGGGGGGGUUGGGAAAUGUAUUGUACGGGAAGCCGGUUGAAUCUGUUAUAAUUAACUGAGAAUCAUGAUACGUGAAAGUGCAGUGACAUGACUGUUCCUAAUGAACCUCUAGUCUUAUUCUUCGUGCGGUGUUUCUUGAAUAUCAGUAUGUUGACUAAUACAUAUUAUACUUUGUGAUUCGUUGUAAUGUGGGGUGAGCUUGGCCCAUAUCAAAAUGUCAGGACGUAAGAGCCAGAAUUUUACGCCUGAAGAGUUUCCAAUGACUGUGAGGACAGAAGGCAGUGCACAAUUCAUCACGGAAGAAGGAAGAAGAAACACUCACUGUGGUGUGCACGCACUAACGGAGGAUGAGCAGCACGCGCAUAAGACUGAAACAACGGGACUCCUGAAUACACAACCAAAGGUAUCACUCUACUUCAGGGAUAAAAAACGCAGUAUUGACUUUGUGAUUGUAUGGGAUGAGCACAAUGAAAAGGCAGUAACACAUGAAUCUCGUGAGAGGCGACGUAUAUUUGAAAAGAAUCUAAUUCAAGAAGGACUUGAACUUGAAUAUGAAAAGCCAGAACCAAAUGGAUUGGUUUUUAUUAAGAUCCAUGCACCGAUGGAGGUGCUGCGACGGUAUGGCGAGAUUCUAAAGCUCCGUAUGCCAAUGAAAGAGGAUCUAUGCCAGGUCCACAAGAUCGUUAGAAUGAAUCCCUUGUUGCAUGCAACAUUUUUCCUGUCACAAAAGAUCCCAGCACUGCAAGAAGUUCAUCAGAAAACGCACAACAUUUUGGACGGAGUCACUUCCUUAGCUGCUCGUGCUACAGCUCCUCUUAAAGUGGAUCCAUCACUUUUUCCUAAAUCCAACCAGCGCUAUACAGCUGUUUACAGCAGAGACCGGGAGUACUUGUUUGAUAUAAAGGCACCUGGGUUUUUUACACCAGCCAUCCAUUCACGUAUUGUACAGUUCAUACUUGAUCGCAACCGUUUCUCAGAAGCUGAACAUGAUGACUUUGCAUUUGGUAUUGAAAGACUCAUUGCAGAAGCAGCUUACGUUGCAGCAUAUCCUCUGCAUGAUGGUGAUCUCAAAACAACUGGCAGUAUGCGCUACAAGCUGUACACGGAGUGGGCUUCCGUCUCCAAGUGCUUCCACUACCAGCCACUGGAUUACAUCAAGGAAUAUUUUGGUGUCAAAAUUGCCUUGUAUUUUGCGUGGUUGGGCUUCUAUACACACAUGCUGUUACCUGCCUCUGUUGUUGGAAUAAUCUGUUUCAUAUACAGCUGUGUUACCCUUUAUGACAAUCAACCAAGUGAAGACAUCUGUAACAGUCAACUAAACAUCACCAUGUGUCCUCUGUGUGACUACUUCUGUAGUUUCUGGAAUCUUACAGCAACAUGUCUUCAUGCACGAAUAACGUAUCUUUUUGACAAUCCUACAACAGUCUUCUUUGCCGUAUUCAUGUCAUUUUGGGCUGCAACAUUCUUAGGACUAUGGAAGCGCUACUCUGCUGAAAUCACACAUCGCUGGGACCUCACUGCAUUCGAUAUCCGAGAGGAACACCCCAGGCCGCAGUAUUUGGCCAGGCUUGCACACGUAAAGCGCAAGCACAUCAACAUUGUUACCAACACCAUGGAACCAUGUGUGCCCUUUUGGAAAGUCCGCCUGCCAGCUACAAUUCUCAGUUUUUCUGUCGUGAUGCUUUUGGUAGCACUAGCAGUUGCUGCUGUUCUGGGUGUUGUGUUGUAUCGGAUGUCUCUUAUGGCUGCACUAUCAGUUUGUAAUGAAAAACUGGAUGCAAGCUGUGCAUUCAAAAGUUAUGCCAUGAUUUUUACAACUGCAACAGCUGCUUCCAUUAACCUUUGUUGCAUCAUGGUCUUCAAUUACGUUUACCAGUGGCUUGCAGAACUUUUAACAGAGUUGGAACUUCUACGUACACAGACCGAAUUUGAUGAUAGUCUCACACUUAAAAUCUAUCUUCUUCAGUUUGUAAAUUAUUAUGCUUCUAUAUUCUACAUAGCAUUUUUCAAAGGCAAAUUUGUGGGAUAUCCAAAAGAGUACAAUCGUCUCUUCUCAUACAGGCAGGAAGAGUGCAGUCCUGGAGGAUGUCUAAUGGAGUUAUGCAUUCAGCUUGGAAUUAUAAUGAUUGGCAAACAAGCUAUGAACACACUACUUGAAAUGUUAUUUCCAUUAUUCUUCAAAUGGCUGAAUACACUGAAAGUGAAGACAGGAUUUCGGAAGAAAGGACUGGAAUCAUGCCGGUCAAGGUGGAUGAAAGACUUUAAACUGGUGGAAUGGGGCCCACGUGGACUCUUUCCAGAAUAUCUUGAGAUGGUGCUGCAGUAUGGUUUUGUUACCAUUUUUGUGGCUGCUUUCCCAUUGGCACCAUUCUUCGCAUUACUGAACAAUAUUCUUGAGAUGCGUCUGGAUGCCAAAAAGUUGCUAACUUUUUACCGGAGGCCAGUAACACAGCGUGUCAGAGAUAUUGGUGUCUGGUUUCGUAUCUUGGACUCAAUUGGAAAAUUGUCUGUAAUUAGUAAUGGAUUCAUCAUUGCCUUCACAUCAGACUUCAUACCCCGUAUGGUGUACAGAUUGACUGUCUCACCUGACCAUACUUUAAAGGGAUACCUGAAUCAUUCAUUAUCAUACUUCAAUACAAGUGAUUUUGAGCCAGGUUCGGAGCCACAAGUUGGCAAUGGAGAUGUGACUAUAUGCAGGUAUCCUGAUUUCCGUGAGCCUCCUUGGUCACCCAACAAGUAUGAAAAAACAGCAAUGUUCUGGCAUGUCCUAGCUGCCCGACUUGCUUUUGUUGUUGUGUUUGAGAAUGUGGUAGCCCUUGUGAUGAUACUUGUCCGAUGGGGAAUACCUGAUAUGCCAGGUGAUUUGCGUGACCAGAUCCGCCGUGAGACAUACAUAACUAAUGAGAUCAUCAUAAGACAAGAGGCAAUGAGGGCACGGGGUGACAUACCAGAAGAGGGUGACUUGUUGUUGGGAGGAGGAACAGAAAAUGAUGAUGAUUCUGAUGAUGGGGAUGGGCCAGCAACUGUUUUUUGGCACAAGAUGACAGGUUCUGAAUUGGACUUAGCAGGAGUUGGUUUGCCUACAGAGAACAAUAUUGGAAUCGGACGGGGAACGUCGCAGUCGGGGCCUGUUGCUGUUUGAAGCCAGCUCCUGUGCACAUACACUGCCUUUUUCCCAUUGCUACUUAUUAAAGAAUAUAAUAUAUUCACAUAAUGAAACUUUUGAAAGGUAAUGUAACCAAAUUGUGGUAAAUAAACCACUCAGUGAGUACAGUGACGAAAAAAGAGAAUAUAUUUCAUUUGUAAAGUUGUUAAAAGUUAUAAUGUAUUGAAGGUGUUUUAUGUGUUUUGAUGUCUAAAUUUGUAUGUAUUCCUGCCAUAAUAUUUACUCCAAGUACAGAAGUUAUUACAACAUAUUGCCCAUAUUUUAAAUUUAAGUGUUUUUUGUAAUAAAUAUCAUCAACAAUAUUGUGAUGAGAAGCUGCUAAGCAGAAACAAUUCCAUUCAUAUUUAAUGUACAAUAUUUUAUUAAUGAGUUCAUGCAAUAUUUUCAAUCUCUGCAUGAAAUUUCAAUUGCAUUGGAAGGCUGUGACAGGUUGUGCAAUAUAGAUGGAAAACUAUUUUAUCUCUUAACAGUUAAAUAUCCAGCUUUGUGUAGGAUUGUUGUGCUAGUAUUUUAAAAAUAAUGACACAUUGUUUGGAACACUAGUGACAAAUCACAAAGUGAUAUUAGUUCCUACUACACUAAGUGUAGUCAAUUUUAACUCUUUGAAUUAAAAUAAUACCAAGUAUAUUGUAAUGUUAAAGCUUUACAGAUGUUUUGACAUUAUUGGUGUUACAUAUCAUACUUCAUUUUGUAUAUUAGACUUGAUCAUAUCAAGCAAAGAAAAUUAAGCAGUUAUGGCAUGUUGUCAAGAAUAUUUUGUGCUUCCAUGUCAAUUAUUGGUUGGUCAGAGCGUUUAAUAGUAUUAUUUUGUAUCACCAAGUACAGAAAAAAAUACAGCACAGCCAUAGGGAAAGUCCCAUGGGUUGUAUGUGCCACUGCCUUAGUUUUUGACAUUGUGGCAUACAAAAUUGUAUUACAGUAUUACAUCUCAGAACAGAUUUGCACUUCUUUAUCUGUUCAGUCAUUGUUUGGCACACAAUACAUGCUAUCAAAAUAACUAAAAGAGAUGUACCACACAAAACUGGCAUGAAAAGAAAUGGAAUAAGAGGAAAUUGCAUUAGCUAGCACUGUUUGCACUGUUGCCCUUCUGUGCUAUCAGCAUAAUCUAUUAUUGUGUGACACAUUCUCUAUGAGGUGCUUGACUUGUCCUCAAGGCUAUUGCAUUGCACUGUGUUUAUGUGUGAGUUGCCCUGAGUGCUGUUCUGUGCCAUGUGCUUCAUGCAUCAUCUGAUGGCAUCAGGUUCCUGUCAGCAUUCAGUAUAGACUGAUUCAGUUUUAGAGGAAUAUUCUUUGAAAAGAGCACUGUUUGUGUGGCCAUUACCACAAUGAAAAUGAGUGUGUUACCUGUUUUUGUUCAUCCGCCUUCUGUUCUUCCACUUAAACCUGUGUGUCAUGAUUGCCAUUUCAGGAGAUCUUGCCAUACUAUAAUCCAAAUGCUGUUACUCACAUGUACAUGGACAAACACAGUUGUGUGUGUGUGUGUGUGAGUGAGUGAGUGCGCGUGCGUGCGUGUCCUCAGAAACCAAUAUGAAAACCAGAAAUAUCGUAAUACGUCUUGAUUGAGAUUGACACAAUUCUAGUUGUCUACUGUAGGGACUCUUAAUUUCUGCAUGCACCACAAUUCUAAGCAUGUGGGAAAAGAACAGAUUUCCUUGUCAUGAAUCAGCAGAAAUCUACAUACUUUGGAAACAUAGUAUUUCUGUCAACCUUUACCACCAAGAAACUGUUAAACUGCUGUUCUCGAAUGCUGUUUUUAUUGUGUGUUUCAUAAUUGUGCACAAUAAUACAUGGUUCCCUGGUUCCUUGUCCGUUAUUGGUGCUGGCUACACUACCUCUUUUUCAGUGCAUGAAACAUUAUGUGCUUAGUUCAAAAGACAAAAAACAGAUCCAAUUUCAGGUCCCACAUCAUCUGUAGCAGCACUACAUGAGUGAACAAGAGCUAUCCUCCGCCUCCACCUCCUCCUCCUCCUCAAUUUCCUCGCUUCUCUAAUUCUCUCCCCAUUACACUCUUAUCCCAAGCUAGACAACACAGCAGUAAGGCAGUGGACGCUUUCAGGAAAGCAGUUGAAAUCCCCAUCCAGAUUUUUCUUUGUAUCCCCAAAAUCAGAUAAGGCAAAAGCCAGUAUAGUCCCUUUGAAGACAACAGGUCCAGUUCCCUUCCCAGUCUGAACUGUUGUGUCAUUUCAAAUGCGUUCGGCAUUAAUCCAUGAUCUUCCUUCCUUUUGCACCCCUUAGAACCCUUGUGCUUUAAGGUGCUCAAAUGUAAAGGACUGCAGGUGACAUGCUUAACAUUUUUCGCCAGUAAAACUAUGACUAAAGGAGAUGUGAGAGAGAAACAUAAGCAGUCAUGCUCUGGAAACUUUUCAUGAUUGGGCACUGAACCAAUGUUUCAGACUAUGGCUGUUUUGGUUUGUGCACUUCUAAAUACGAAGUGUAUUCAAGUUCUAAGGCCUUCGAUUUUUUUUCUAAUUAACUACUCGCCCAAAAUCGAUGAAAUUGGCUUUACUUCUCGACGUAAUCGCCCUGCAGACGUACACAUUUUUCACAACGCUGACGCCAUGAUUCCAUGGCAGCAGUGAAGGCUUCUUUAGGAGUCUGUUUUGACCGCUGGAAAAUCGCUGAGGCAAUAGCAGCACUGCUGGUUAAUGUGCGGCCACGGAGUGUGUCUUUCAUUGUUGGGAAAAGCCAAAAGUCACUAGGAGCCAGGUCAGGUGAGUAGGGAGCAUGAGGAAUCACUUCAAAGUUGUUAUCACGAAGAAACUGUUGCGUAACGUUAGCUCGAUGUGCAGGUGCGUUGCUUGGUGAAACAGCACACGCGCAGCCUUUCCCGGACGUUUUUGAUGCAGUGCAGGAAGGAAUUUGUUCUUCAAAACAUUUUCGUAGGAUGCACCUGUUACCGUAGUGCCCUUUGGAAUGAAAUGGGUAAGGAUUACGCCCUCGCUGUCCCAGAACAUGGACACCAUUAUUUUUUCAGCACUGGCGGUUACCAGAAAUUUUUUUGGUGGCGGUGAAUCUGUGUGCUUCCAUUGAGCUGACUGGCGCUUUGUUUCUGGAUUGAAAAAUGGCAUCCACGUCUCAUCCAUUGUCACAAGCGACGAAAAGAAAGUCCCAUUCAUGCUGUCGUUGCGCGUCAACAUUGCUUGGCAACAUGCCACACGGGCAGCCAUGUGGUCGUCCGUCAGCAUUCGUGGCACCCACCUGGAUGACACUUUUAACAUUUUCAGGUCGUCAUGCAGGAUUGUGUGCACAGAACCCACAGAAAUGCCAACUCUGGAGGCGAUCUGUUCAACAGUCAUUCGGCGAUCCCCCAAAACAAAUCUCUCCACUUUCUCGAUCAUGUCGUCAGACCGGCUUGUGCGAGCCCAAUGUUGUUUCGGUUUGUUGUCACACGAUGUUCUGCCUUCAUUAAACUGUCGCACCCACGAAUGCACUUUCGACACAUCCAUAAUUCCAUCACCACAUGUCUCCUUCAACUGUCGAUGAAUUUCAAUUGGUUUCACACCCCGUAAAUUCAGAAAACGAAUGAUUGCACGCUGUUCAAGUAAGGAAAAUGUCGCCAUUUUAAGUAUUUAAAACAGUUCUCAUUCUUGCCGCUGGCGGUAAAAUUCCAUCUGCCAUACGGUGCUGCCAUCUCUGGGACGUAUUGACAAUGAACGCGGCCUGAUUUUAAAACAAUGCGCAUGUUUCUAUGCCUUUCCAGUCUGGAGAAAAAAAAUCGGAGGCCUUAGAACUUGAAUACACCUCGUAACCUUUGCUUCCCCACAAUAUAUUAUUCCAUUUGGCAGACCUAAAAGACAAAUUCUCUUGAGGCAAACAUUCAACACAUCUUCAUCAAAAGUUAUCUUCUUACAAAUUUCCUAGUAGUGAGAUUCACGCCCUCAGAUUCCGUAGUAAGGUGGUAAAGCAUGGUGAUGAAAAACUGAGCUAGGCACAGAAGCUGCAUUUCUUCUCAGUGCGCAGUGCAUUGGUAUAGUGGUGCUUUUAAAUAUGCUGUGUGUAGGCAUCUUCAUCAUACAAAGAUAAAUUGCACUAGAAUUAUAGGUUUCAUGGCUGUGCAAAUAGCAUUUGUUAUAAUGCUUCUCAAACACAAAGAGCAGUGGCAGUGUCAAUAUAAACAUACAGUAUGUAGAGGGAAUGAAAUGACACAAUUUUUUUUACUAUAUACGUGUGUGUGUGUGUGUGUGUGUGUGUGUGUGUGUGUGUGCGUGUGUUCAUCUCUUUAUUUGUAAAAUUCUGUACUUAAUGACUAUUUUAGUAAUCAAAUGAAAAGUAAAUUUUCUGAGAAAUGGAUGUGUGAGCAAGAGUUGUAACAAAACAAAGAGUAAAAACUAUGGACUGAUAAAGCAAUAAAAUAUUGGAAGAAUAUUAAA